AUGUUUUCGAAUUAAAGUGAAUACGAUCUACGAGUCUUUUUGUCCUCCUAUUCAGAUGCUUUGCAUUGUUUAAAAUAAUCAGCAGAUAAAUCAACAUUAAGAAAAAACUAUGAAAAUAUUGCAAAUCGACUCACUAUUUAUGUGAAACAAAAGAAAGUAUUUUAUUAACAAAAGGUAGAUGUUUGGAGAAGUAAAUUUAUCUAAAAGUGAAGAGAAAGACAUAUUAGCAUUUCAAUAUACGCAGUAAGAUAUUAAAAUGUAUAAAAUUAGUUAUAUUUUUUUAAAAUAUUUACCAGAUUUUGACAAUUUUAAGGGAAAUUAUGAAUAGUUAUAGACAAUCCUAAAUAAUUCAUUUAAUUCUCUAUCUUCAGAUUAACAUUUGUAUUCAUAGUAAUAGUAAAAAUAAUAAGCCUAAUGA